GUUGCCGGACAACCGCUAUUGUAGAUUCUAUGCAAAUCUAGCUUAUGUUUGACUUAGGGCAAAAAGGCAUACAAUAGUGAACCAUUUCAAGGCAAAUCUACUUGUCAUUAACACACAUAUUUUUAUGCAGAACAUAACUUAAACCUCGACAAAAAUUUGACAUUCCAUGUUUUUGGGUUGCCUGUUUGAACACUGAAAGUCUUUCUUAAAAAGCAAGCCGUUGGUCGCAAUUUAUCGCGGUAACCGGGAGACCCCAGUCCCGUGAAAGCUUGCAGACAUGAGCAGCAAAGGAGCGCAAAAACUGCAAGGUGAUAACGCUAGCGAAGUUGGCGACCCAGCGGUACCAAUGACGGGCUCGGAUGGCUCGCAAUCAACCUCAGAGCGAGAGCGAAGCAUUAUCAACGCUCUCCCGAGUCGCCAGAUUGCCACAUGGCGCCUCAAAAGUAAGAAGAGACUUUCCAGACAAAAGAGUUCUGGAGGAAAGAUGUACAUGUCACUCGAAGAUGACAAAGAUGACGAGAGUCCUGUUCUCCUGGAAAUCCCCGAGCUCGCAGGGAAAGAAGGGAAAUAUAUACAGACGCGACCAUUACAUGAGCGUCUCACGGAGCGAAAACGACUAAGGAGCGCCACGGCACAUGACCCGCGGUCAUUAUCGUGCUUUACCACCUGGAGACUGCGCGUUGCCAUGCAUGCAAAGCGAGCAUACAAAAAGGCACGUGACACCGUCCAUCUUGAUCUAUGGAGAGGGCACUUGAAAGAGAUCGAAGGCACGUUUGGUAAUGGCAUAUUGUCAUACUUCACUUUCCUAAAAUGGCUGCUCCUCCUGAACGGCUACAUCUUUUUGGUGACAUUGGCCUUCCUGGUCAUUCCCCAAGCCAUCCACACGCAAGAAAUCUCUGCUGUCAUAGUAACGCCAAUGACGUCACUCAACCAAUCCAUCAAUAGCACGCAACCCAUUCCAACCCCGAACGCCCUUAAGAGGAAUCAGUCCUAUGUGUUGUCUGCCAGGGGCUUUGACGGCGAGAAGUCUGUGUUCCUGGGCGCAAAUGCUUCGCAGGAAGUCCCUGAAUGCUACGGCAUUAUGAGCUCCGCUAACACAAGUCACGUGAUUCCGGAUAUCGGAGCGAAGAUCAGCAAUUUUAUGCAAGGAGUGGGGUGGAUAAACACUACGCUAAUGUUCUACGGUAGCUACUCUGCCAAGAUCCUACUCAUGCCGGACCGGUUGUACUACAAUAUGCCAUUCGCGUACUUCGUGGUUAAUGGGGCGUGUUUUGUGUUCGUGCUUCUUAUCACACUUUGGAGUGUGUCGAGCAUCUUUGAGGAGAGCUAUGUCAAGGAGGGCGUGCGACAUUACAAUAGUUACUCCAACAAGGUGUUCGGAAGCUGGGAUAUGUGCAUUGUCGACGAGCAGGCGGCAGAACUCAAGAUGAGAACUUUCCUCAUGGAAGUCGAGGCGGAUUUAGCUGAGGAUCUACGAUUAGCGAGCCUUGCAAAGCGUACCCGACUCGAAAAGUGUCAGACGUACAGCAUUCGCGCCCUCAUAAACCUGGUUGUGAUAGGUCUAUCUGCUGUUGCUGGGUACGUCAUUUACGAGGCGGCACAACUCUCUUUGAAGUCUGGACAGUCUAGCAGUCAGCUGAGUCCAACUAAUCAAAAGGAGAUGAUUGAGCUGUUAAAGGGGUACGCGUCCUCGCUCACCCUGUCCAUACUGAACGCUGUACUUCCUGCACUCUUCUUCUACCUGGCACAUCUCGAGGACUGGAAUCCACGGGUUCGCAUCAACGUCGAUCUGUCCAGGACAGUUCUGUUAAAGCUCGCCUCUGUUGCGGUGCUGAUGAUAUCGCUUUUCGAGAAGAUCAAUACGGACAAAUGCAUGUUGUGUUGGGAGAAUGCGAUAGCUGCUGAGAUGUACAAAUUAAUCUGGAUGGACUUCAUCAUGUCUGUGCUCGUCGUGUUGCUGUUUCACACGCCCAGGAGGUAUGCCGCCGACCACUUGGGCAAAGGAAUUGGGCAGAAAAUCGGACGUCCGGUAUUCAGUAUCCCCCAGAAUGUGCUGGAACUGGUCUAUGCGCAGUGCCUUAUAUGGAUUGGUAUGUGGUUCAGUCCGCUUCUUCCUCUCAUGGGAUGCGUCAAGUUUUUCAUUCUUUUCUAUACCAAAAAGGUUAAUCUUAAAUAUAACUGUCGCACAGAGGACAAAGCGUACCGCGCAGGUCGCUCCAACUACUUCUUUAUGGUUCUACUGCUCGGUACCUUCUUCUUGUGCGUCGCGGCGGUCGCGUAUGGCGUCACACAAAUAACGCCUUCUGUGCUGUACGGGCCAUUCAGGGGGCUGGACCACAUGUACGAUAUCAUCAUUCUGACUAUUCGCACCCUCCCCCUGGAGUUCCAGGACGUAUAUGUUGUGAUCAGUUCUCCGUUCUUUCUAAUCGUUGUCGUCCUUAUAAUCUGCCUUGGCUUAUAUUUUUUCUACGCUACGGCUAAGAUCUACUCGCGCAUGAUCAGGGGACUCCGAGAGGAACUUUCCAUGGAAUCCCGAGACAAGAGAUAUCUUCUCAAACAGAUAACCGCAGACGACAAUAACAAGCGGACCGAAGGCGCAGUUUGAUAAUGUAAUUCGGAUGGGUUUGCUGAAAAUAGUUAUGAUGCCCGAUGACAGAGCGGUAUGGUGACCGGCAGCAACAUAAAGAAACUCUUCUAGCGAUUACUAUACGGGGGGUCAGGAUAUUUUAAAAUAAAAAUAGCAGAUGAAAUUGAAGGAAUACUUUAUUGCUCUAACUAAGAUAAUUAAGUUUUUUUUCAAAUUGUUUACAUUCCGACCAAAUGUGUACUGGCAUGAUUGCAUCAGGGGGAGCUCCAUGUCGGCGGAAGUCAGGACAAAGCAAAACAUUUUAAAACAUAAAAAAAUCCCAAAUCCAAAUAUUGCGUAGAAUGUUAAAACUAAUUGAAAAAAUUUACCCACAUCUUUUACAUCUCCCCUCAAAAAAAAGGACAAUUUUCAAAACGAAAACACACGAGGAAAACAAACCUCGAAAACUAUGAUCCCACCGUCAUACUAAUAUCUUAUACCCAAGCUCUCCCUCGUGCCCAUCAGUCGCAACCAGCUUUUAGUGUGCUAAACAGCGGGCCCAGAUAAGGGUCAGCGGUUUUGGUGCAGCAGUAGUACAUGAUAAUGAGCUUAGGGGCACACAAAUCGUCCUGCGUGGUGACCCCUUGCGCGAUCUUGGCCCUCUGCCACUCGAUCAUGUCGUUGAGGUCGGCCGGGGCGAUGAGAAGGUUGGUGACGACAGAUAUGGGCGUCUCCUGAAGGGGGGCGUUCCGCGCCUUUUCAAGCUUAAAUAAACAGUUAACAGUAUACGUCAGUCACCUUUGGGAAUAGAAUAAAAGAUUAUUUCUCAA